AUGACUCGCUUAGCAAUAGCAUAUACUGCAGUAGCGAAUGUAGUAUCGGCAAAUUAUGCAGUAGCGUAUUCAGCAGUAGCCAAUUCUGUGGUAACUAAUGUUUUCAAGGUGUUAAGUGCAAAGAGGAGGACUCCGCAUUUUAUUAUUUCCAAUAACUACUGCAGUAGCAUAUUCGAUUUAAUAGCAAAAAAAAAAAAAGAACUACAAUUAGAGGAAGGGGAAAAGAAACAACUGAUUAUACUAGAACAAAGGAAUACGCAAAAAGAAGAGAACGAAGAGGAAAAGUAUGACAGAGCGAAAUUAAGCAAUGAGAGAAGGAAAAGUGAGACAGGUAAUGAAAAAUGGAAUAAGCUAAAGCACAAGAACUGUAUAGUUAAGAAUGCACAAAUAAGAGAAGACCCAAAGAGGGUAAUAAAAAAGAGCACAAAAUUGGGAGAAGAAAAUUUGGAAGAUGAUAUAUAUAAUAAUAAAUUGUAUAUACUACGAUAUAUAAAACAUUUACAAUUAGAUGAUGACAUAUGUAAAUAUAGGUUUAUAACUAAGCAUAUAAUUAAUAACAUAACUAAUUUUUAUGAUAAUGAAAUAUUAUUUGUGUUAAAAGUUUUUUCAAAGAAGAAGUAUAAGAAUUUACUGUUUUUACAAUGUACAAGUGAAUAUUUUUAUUGGAUCUGUAGAUUAAAUAAAAGCACUAAAAAGAAUAUAUCAUACUACUUACAUUUUUGCAGUAUCUUAAAUUAUAUACCUACUGCAAAAUUUUUAGAGGAAUAUCUUAAGCUAUUUACUUUUUAUGAUAAAGAAAUAAAAAAUAAUUCUUUUUUUUUUUUUCUCAAUAUGGUUGAAGAAGAAUCAAAUCUAUAUCAUAAAGACGUUAAAUAUGUAAUAUAUGUGUUAUAUUUUUUAAACAAAGCGAAUAUAAAGAAUAACAUAUAUGAUAAUUUACUGUACAUGUGUUGUUAUUACGCUGGUCAUUUAACCUUAAAGCAUACUUUUUUAUUAUUGAAAAUUAUAGUAAAUGCAGAAAAUGAUAAAUAUCAUUUGAACCCAUUAAAUAUUCUUCAUAAAAAUAUAGAAAGACACUUAGGAGUAAUGGAACAAUAUGAUUUUAUCAUGUACCUAAAUAUUCUGUUAUGUAAUAACAUAUAUUUAGAUCAUACUUUUUUUAUUUUUAUAAAAAGUGUUAUUGAAAAAUGGCACAUAGAAUUAUCAGUAAAAGCAGUAAUUGCAAUAUUAAGGAUUAAAAAAAGAGAAAAUUAUAAAGACACUAUUAUACUAAAAAAAUUACUACAUAUCAUAACAAAUAAUUUUUAUAAUUACAACUAUGGCAAUAUUUUGUACAUUUUAAAAAUGUUUACCCAUUUUGACUACUUUUGUGAGGACUUUUUCUACUUCCUCUUCAAAAAGUUUGUAUGUUCCAGAGGUGGGAAUGAACUCAGGGAGGGCCAUAGCAGUGGUGGCUGCAAAGAAAGCGGCAGUGUUAGCAGCAGUAGUAACUGUGGUGGUAGCUGCGUUGGUAGUGGCUGUGAGGGACAAGUCAACCCGAAGGACGAAGAAAUAUCAAGUUUCCAACGUACCUCCAAUUGUGCCAGUAACAAUAAACAGUCAUCGAAAGUAGAACCUGACAAAAAACUUUUUUAUUUAAAAAAUGGAGAUGGUAAUUCUCCUUCAAAGAGAAGUUUAGAUAUUAAUUUUGACCUGACCUGUUCAGGUGAAAUUUUAGGUAAUGUGAAAAAAAAUUACAUCAAUGCAACAAAUGAAAAAGGAAAGCAUAACGAUUGUGUUUAUGUUUACGAAAGCGUUUAUAAACAUAACCACGUAAGUAAUCAUGACAAUAAUACAUUUAUAUACCACAAAAGUAACAAAUUCAAUGAUACAUUUGAAGAGCAAUAUAAAUAUACAAAUAUAAAAAAUGAUGAAAAUGGUUCCAUAUAUUUACAAUAUAAGAAACAACAUGAAAAAAAAAAAAAAAAUGAAUUAAAUGAAUUAUCACAUUUACCUUUACAUUUAAAUAUUGAAGAAACAAAAAUGAAAAUAGAUUAUUCGAAUAUAAUUGAAAAACAAAUAGAUGUUGAGUAUAAUCAAGAAAAUCAUAUAUUAUACGACUCAGAAUAUACUGAGAUGUUCAUAAACUUAUUUGUUUAUUUAGGAGCUUGUGGGUUUCGUAGUAUUCAUGUGUUAAGUGUUUUGUCAGGAAAAAUACAAGCUUAUUUAUUAUGCAAGGAAAAGACCUUUUUCAAACAUAGUACAAAAAAAAAAUUAUCUCUUCAUAAGCAAAAAUGUAAAUUCAUAGGGAUGUAUGAUACUAUUACUAAAAUUAAGAAUAAUCAUAAUAUCUAUUUAGAAUGCAGAAAUCCUAGUCUGGUAGAUGCAGGAGGAGGUAAUGAUUUAAUUCUACAAAAAGAAGAAAGAGAGGAAGGGCAAAAUAUUGAAGCAGAUAAAGGCAAGAGUGACACUUAUUGUGAUAAGAGAGUAAUAAAUUACAGCACUCAUGUAAAUAAUAGCACACGCACAAAAAUGAACAACGAAAGUGGUGAUAAUAUACCCGCUAUAAAUACAAAGGGGGGGAAGAAAUCCUGUAUGCGCUUCGUUUAUAGUAAAAAGGACAGGAUUAAUUUUAAAAAUUUUAAAGAAAAAAAAAAAAAAGAAAAAGAAAAGGAAAAGGAAAAGGAAAAGGAAAAGGAAAACAAAAAAGAAAACGAAAACGAAAACGACUUAGAUGCGAAUAUAGAAGGGACAAUAGAAAAUUCCUGCACCCUUAAAUACUUGAACGUAGAAAAUUAUAGGCAAAGCAAAACAGGGGAUGAAAAAAAGGUAAAUAAAAUUUAUAUUCACGGGAAGUCAGAACAACCUAUGAAGAAAAAACAAAAAAACUGUGUUGUUACGAAGUUCUUUGGUAAUAUCCAUCCAGCCUUGGUUCGCCUUCAAAAUCGUAAACUCUUUCAUAGGAAUUUUAACAGUAUGUAUAAAAGUGAGAAGUACAGAGACCAUGUUUUCCAUCACAGAUACUCUGAGAAUAUAAAGUUAAGGCAUCGGAAAGAUUAUCGAUUGAUGAAAUAUAAAAAAAUAAAUAAAUUAAGACAUAUAUGCAUGUCGAGAUAUAAACAUAUUUUUGGAAAUAAAUCUAGCAUUAUACUUAGCUGUAUAAAUAAAGCAUAUGAGGGUAGUACUAUAGGGGUCGAACAUGUAUCCCUAGAUAUGAUAGUAGAUAACUGUGAAAUUCAUUUUGAUGAUUCUUUGUUUGUUAAUUAUAGAUUUUGUAUUAACAGAAAGAUGAAAGCAGUGCAUAAGUAUAGUAAUUUUAUUGAGGCAAGCAAUAGGAUUACACGGUUGGAGUACAUGGGGGGAAAAAGUGCAAACAUGGGGAUACAAAAGGACAGGAGAAAAAGUACACAUGAAAAAGACAUACGUGAGGAAGGAUCGUAUAAGGAAGGAACACAUAAAGACGGUAUAUAUAAGGAAGGUAUACAUAAGGAAGACAUACAUAAGGAAGGUCCAUAUGAAGAAGGCUUACGUAACGUUGGCGUCGAGAGGGAAACUCGCUGGAGUGGAGCAAUUACUAAGUGGAUAUACAGAUUUAAAAACAACUUGAACCUUUUUAAUAGGGAAAAAAAGGUGAGUAUUGUUAAUAGCGAUAUUAAAAAAUUAAGUGCAUACAUAGACGGCUGUUGUUCUAAAGGCAGUAAUGAUAGCUACUUAAGGAAGAACGACGAAAAACUUAAGAUAAGCCUCAAGUACAUUGCAUUAAUUGCUGGUUCAUGUAGUAAUUUGUUUUAUUAUGAUAAAAGGUUGAUUAAUGUUUUGUUAUGUCAACUCAUGCAUAUAUUAAAUACUUUUUAUAUGACGCAAAAAAGGGAGGAAGAGGAAGAGGCAGAGGUAGAGGAAGAAAAAGAAAAAGAAAAAGAUGUGCAAAAAAAAAAUAGUAGUUUAUGCCAACUGGACACAUACAGUAAUUCUUAUCAUUUAUAUUUAUUUAUGUGCAUUUGGAAAUUUUUAAUAACGUGCUUACAAAUAAAUUAUUUUACUAAAAAUGUGUUAGAAAUAGAUCACAGGCAUCAGACUAUUAAAAAAUUAUUAAGUAUAUAUACAAACGCAUAUUUUUUAUAUAAUUUUAGAAAUAUUAUAUACUUUAUGAAUAAUAUAUACUCUACUUUAUUUUUUAAAAAUGAGCAUUUAUCAAUUGUGCAAAAAUUUUUUAUUAGCUACUUUGAUACCUCCAUUUUUAUGAGUCUUUUUUUUCAUUUUAAUAAAAACAUAUUUAUAAUAAUAAUGAAUAAUAAUUAUUUGCCUUUGCGUACUCACGAUUUAGAGUCACUACAUCAAUUUGUUUAUGAUAUUUCAAAAAUUUAUUUCUCCUAUCUAAAUAUGUUUGUUAGUAGUAUAAGUGAAUGUUCUUUAUCAUCGUUGAUCAGUUGGUCGAGCAGCAAGGAUUUAUGUAUCUCUUUACCCUGCAUGAGCUUUUACAUUAUUAUUCUAUCCUUUUUAUCUACGAUGAGGAGAAGCCAGGCGAUGAAGGAACUAAAACGGGUAAGAAGCUCGUACGAUGGCUUUCCACAGCUCGAAAUGGACGAAUAUGGAUCCACAUCUUCUCAGCACAAUGAAGCAGCUACUUUCGCACGGAGGAACGUGGAUCUUACGGAAGGUACGGACGAACAUGCCGGUAAUAUCCUCUUCAGUACGUGCACUAUUCAAGGAGGGAAAAAGAUUACUGUCAAUUGUAAUGCAGAUAAUGAAAGUAAUGAUAAUACAGAUUACGGAAGUAGUGGUAGUAGUGAAACAAAUACAGACCCACGACACAUAACAUAUUUUUCAAUUGACGCAAAAAAAUGCAUUUUUGUAUGUAACAACACCAUAUCAAUGUUUUUUAAAUAUAUUAAAUUUAUAAGAAACCAUGGUUUUUUACUUGACUCGAAUGAAGGUAUGAAAUACCUCUACCAUGUUAUAAGGUUUUAUUAUAUUUUCAAAAACUUUUUUAGGAAUACAAAUAUAAAUAGCAUAAAUGAAGAAAAUUAUAAUGACAUUCUUCCUUUAUUUAUAAUUAAAAUAUUAAAUAAAAAACAAAUAAAAAAAAUACCUAUAGAUGAACUUUUUUUCAUCAACAAACCGGAAUAUUAUGCGUCAACGUGUUCCCCUGACAUAGGUGGGGAAUUGAUAUACGCAUAUUUUUUUAACUUUUAUUUUAAGGGGAAAAUGUAA